ACUUUACUUACUGAUGUUCUAUGAAUAGAUAACCAAUAGUGAGUCAAUAGAGUAUGAACGAGUAUAAUUCGUAACAGUAUGUCGAUCUAAUAACAUCAAAUAAUUAUUAAAUCUGUUAUAAAUUAAAUUCUGAAUUUGGUUCUGUGUUUUAUCAUCACUUCUCACAAAGCACAAAUUUUGAACGUACAACAACGAACAACAACCGGAUUGAAGUCAUAGCAGUCGGUGAUUAAUUAAUUCCCCGCAUAAAGAUCACCUAUUUAAAAAAAAAAAUUUAACAUGGAUGCAACGAACAAAGAAGAAAAACAACCCAAUCCUAGAUCAGAAGCUAACAUUUUUGGAGUAAUUACAUUUAGUUGGAUUUUUGAAAUUGUCAAAAAAGGAUUAAAACAAGAUUUAAAUUUUAUUGAUUUAUACAAGAAUUUGAAUGAAGACUCGUCUGAGUUAUUGGGAACCAAAUUACAAAAACUAUGGAAUAAUGAAUUUCAAAACUCUGAGAAAAAACACCAAAGGCCGAGCUUUUUGAAAACGUUAUUUAACAUGUUUGGAUCAACAUUCAUGUUUUUGGGAAUCUAUUAUACAAUAGCGGAGCUUGUUUUAAGCAUAAGCCUUGUAACUAUCAUUGGACAUAUUAUCACACAUUUUGAAACUAAUUCACCGGAUAAUUCAACUCGGAAAUACUUAUUAAUUGGUCUAGUCAUAGUUCUAUUAUUGAGGACUAUUACUUUUUGUGGUUACGAAAUGGCAAUUGUACAUUUGGGUAUGAAAAUUAGAAUAGCAACGUCCAAUCUGAUUUACAAGAAGGCACUUCGACUCAAAGUAAAUUCUAUGAACCAAACCUUUACAGGCCAAAUAUUAAACUUAAUUUCAAACGACGUAGACCGAUUUAAUUAUGUAAUUUUAUUUUUACCUUUUUUGUGGAUUGGACCUAUAGAAACUACUGUAGUAACGUACUUUUUGUGGCAAGAAGUUAGUGCCUCAUCAUUAUUUGGUGUAGCCACGUUGGUUAUGUUUAUACCAUUACAAUUAUGGUUAGGAUCAAAAAAGUCUAAGAUUCAGUUAAAAUCUGCCAAAAGGACGGACGAGAGGGUUCAUCUAAUGAAUGAAAUAAUUUCGGCCUUACAAGUGAUAAAAAUGUAUACGUGGGAAUCAUUUUUUGACAAUAUUGCAAAAUCUUCUAGAGAAAAAGAAAUCAAUGCGAUUAAAAAAACAUCUUACAUCAACAGAAUUUUAUCUACAUUUUUUUAUUUUAACACGAAACUAGCAUUGUUUGUGACUCUAUUCACAUACAUAUUACUUGGAAAUUAUAUAACUGCAUCAAAAGUAUUUAUAAUAACUUCGUAUUAUAACAUUUUGCAAACAGGAUUGAUACUAACUUUUAUACCGGGCAUAAGUUUAGGUGCUGAAUUACUAGUCUCAGUUAAAAGGAUCGAGGAUUUUCUUUUAAAUGAAGAAAAGAACAGGCAACCAAAUAACUUUAUGAAAGCAACAGAUACUAAAAACAAAACUAUUGAUGAGGAAAAAGCAUCAAAUAUUGCAAUUGAUGACGAAAGUGCCACCGAGCAAUUAAAAAAUUUCGGAGUAGCAUUGUUUAAUGUUUCUGCUAAAUGGACAGACUCUCAACCAAACAACACUUUAGAUAAUAUAAAUUUAAUCACAAACCCCAAUCGAUUAGUCGCAAUAGUCGGUCCAGUUGGAGCCGGAAAAAGUUCACUAUUAUAUGCUAUUCUACAAGAAUUACCACUAAUAAAAGGUAGUAUUUCCGUGCGUGGUGUAAUAUCAUACGCGUCGCAAGAACCGUGAGUUUUUGCAGGUUCCGUUAAACAAAAUAUUUUAUUUGGAUCAACUAUGGACGAAACACGAUAUAAUAAAGUUAUAGAAGUGUGUGCGUUAAAUCUAGACUUGGAGCGACUUCCGUUUGGCGAUAGAACAAUCGUUGGUGAAAAAGGUAUUUCUCUUAGUGGUGGUCAAAAAUCAAGAAUAAAUUUAGCAAGAGCAAUAUACAAACAAGCAGAUAUUUAUUUAUUGGAUGAUCCUUUAUCAGCAGUAGACACAGAAGUGGGAAAACAUUUAUUUGAAAAAUGCAUAAGUGAUUAUCUUAAAGAAAAAACAUGCAUACUCAUAACCCAUCAAAUACAAUACUUAAUAAAUGUAGAGCAUAUUGUCAUAAUGGAAAACGCAAAAAUAUUGGCAGAAGGUUCAUAUAAACAACUGCGGGAAUCAGGUUCAUACUUCACCAAACAUCUUGAAUAUUCACCAGAAGCGGCAAUUUUUAAUGUGAUUGAAAAAAACAGUGCCGAUAUCGUAGUAAAAUAUUGUACGAUAGAAGGCUCCCAAAAACAAAAUUUAAAUCCAGUUAACACAUCUAUUAAACAAAUCAAAACAAUAAACAAAGAACACACGUCGGAGCCGGUCGAAAUAGUGGAAACGCAUUCUACUGAAAAUGUUGCGUUGGGUGUUUUUUUUAAGUAUAUUUUUUCGGGUGGAAACUCUUUUAAAGUGUUAGCUUUAAUUUUGUUUUGCAUUCUCACACAAGUACUAUCGUCAGGUGCAGAUUACUGGAUAACUGAUUGGAUUCAUUUGGAAGAAAACGUUUUUCAAACGAUAAAUUCUUCGAAGUCAAUCAAUUCAUCUGCAACCGUUUUACCUGAUGAAUUAUUGACAUCGUUAAAUGCAUCAAGAAAAUCAUGUAUUAUCAUUUUUGCUGGGCUGAUAUUCUUGAUUAUAAUUAUUGCAUUCCUCCAAUCAGCUUUAUUUGUAUCCGUAUGCACUGAAGCAUCUAUGACUUUGCAUAAUCGCAUGUUCUUUUCGAUAACUAGAGCAACAAUGGAUUUUCUGAGUAAAACACCAUCGGGACGAAUACUCAAUCGAUUUUCAAAGGAUAUAGGAUCCAUUGAUGAAAUGAUACCGGCUUUAUUAUUCUAUGUUAAACAAGCUGUUUUGAUAACGAUAGGACCAGUUAUAGUAAUGGUAAUUGUUAAUCCCUAUCUGACACUACCAUCAAUCGCUUUAUUAAUAUUUUUUUUUAAAAUGAAAAAAAUUUUUAUGAAAACAACUCAAAAUAUAAAGCGUUUAGAAGGUGUCGCACGAAGUCCUGUAUACACUCAUGUUAAUUCAUCGCUUCAGGGAUUAGCAACAAUAAGAGCGUUUAAUGUAGAAGAAAUUCUAAUCCAAGAGUUUACCAUCCAUCAAGAUUUACAUUCAUCGGCUUGGUAUUUGUUUAUGGCUUUAAAUAGAGCGUUUGGAUUUUGGUUAAAUAUAGGUUGCUUGAUCUAUACAAUUGUUGUAAUAAUUUCUCUUAUGCUGAUUAGCGAUGCAACAAAUGGGAGAUAUGUUGGACUGAUCAUUACACAAGCAAUCCUAUUAUCGACCAUGUUCCAAUGGGUAAUGCGGCAUACAGCAGAUUUAGAAAACGAAAUGACGUCUGUAGAAAGAGUUCUAGAAUAUACGGAUGUGCCACAAGAAUCAGCUUUUGAAACCACUCCCAAUAAAUUACCUCCAAAAGAUUGGCCUAGUCGUGGUCAAAUUAUUUUCAAAAAAUUUUAUCUACGUUAUGCUUGUGACUCACCAUUCGUUUUAAAUAAUCUCAACAUCAACAUUAAAGCAGCUGAAAAAAUUGGAAUUGUUGGAAGAACUGGCGCAGGAAAAUCAUCAUUGAUUUCAGCAUUGUUUAGAUUAGCUUUUAACGAAGGUCUCGUCAUCAUUGAUGACAUAGAAAUUCAUGAAUUGGGAUUACAUGACUUGCGAUCCAAAAUUUCCAUAAUACCUCAAGAACCAGUUUUAUUUUCAGGAACAAUGAGAAACAAUUUAGAUCCAUUUAAUGAAUACUCAGAUCAUGUUCUUUGGAAAGCUUUAGAUGAAGUAGAACUCAAAAACGUUGUAGAAGAUUUGUCUGAUGGCCUAAACACAAAAAUACCAGAAGGUGGAUCUAAUUUCAGUGUUGGACAAAGACAAUUAGUGUGUUUGGCUAGAGCAAUUAUACGAAAUAACAAAAUUCUUGUGUUAGACGAAGCCACUGCAAAUGUUGAUGCGCAAACAGACUCUUUAAUUCAAAACACUAUUAGAAAUAAAUUUCAUGAGUGUACAGUAUUAACGAUUGCACAUCGGUUGAAUACAGUAAUGGAUUCUGACAAAAUACUUGUGAUGAACGCUGGCACGAUUGUCGAAUUUGACCACCCAUAUAUUCUAUUGAAAAAUAAAGAUGGAUAUUUGCACAAAAUAAUAGAACAAACAGGAAAAAACAAUGCUCAAUCAUUACAUAAUUUAGCUGAUGAGAGCUACAAUAAACGACAAAUGCUAAGCAAUCAUCAAUUGCUAAGUAUUAACAAAGAUGAAGAUUGAAUUAGAUAAUGAAUACAUGUACAUUAAUGCCCAGCACUUAAAUUAGUUAAGAUGUUAUAAGAUGUAAAAUCUAAUGUUAACCUAUAUUUGGAUUAUAUAUUAAUAAUAAUCGCA